GAAUUAAGUGGGGGUGGGGUUUAAACAACAAAACAAAAAAAAAAACGGAAAUGAGGUUUGCUCGUCGCACGUUAUUGACGUAGCUUCUCGUCAUGGCGACUGAACGCGCAGAAGCGUUUGGCGACAACGGGGAAUUUGCACAUUCCGGAUGUGAAGCUCCUGAGGUCACUAAAUUUCCCCAGCCUGAUUUAGGGGUAUCUGAAGACAUGGGAGGAACAGACAUGGCAGAUCCAUCAUUAGCCUACAGCACAGGUCCAGUGACCGGAGAAGAGGAAAUGGAGGAACAAGAACUGCCAGUGGAUUUUGACAGACAGUGGAAACUGGUGAAUGAGAACCCACAGGAUUUCAACAGCUGGACCGAUUUGUUACAGUAUUGUGAACAAGAGGGUCAUUUGAGAGCAUCUCGUCAGGCCCUGAGUGCAUUCCUGUCUAGAUACCCACUCUGCUAUGGAUACUGGAAGAAGUUUGCAGAUUUGGAAAGGAGAGCAGGACAUAACAACAAAGCUGAGGAGGUGUGUGUGCAAGGACUUACAGCAAUCCCUCUCAGCGUGGAUCUGUGGAUACAUUAUAUUAACCUCCUGCUUGGCACACUGAAUAUGAACCUGCCUGAGUCGACACAGCGCAUUCGCAGUGUGUUUGAGGAUGCUCUGGCUGCUGCAGGCUGGGACUGGCACUCAGACCGCCUGUGGGACCUGUACGCAGAGUGGGAGAAAGAACAAGGAGACCUGAGAGCCAUGACUGCAGUCUAUGAGCGUGUGAUGAGAGUGCCCACCCAGCUCUACAGAACCCACUACGAAAAAUUAAAGACCUGUUUAACAUCAGAUCCACUUCAGGAUGUCCUGAGCCCUGAGGAGUAUGAGAAGGUGAAGGCUGAGUACAGGGAGAAUCAGAUCCAGGCUAAGAAAGAGGUGUCUGAAGUUACAGCUGGUGAGGAGGAGGUGGAGGAGGACAGGCCGCCCGGGGAGGACGAUCCGGCAAACGAUGGCAAAGAUUCGGAAGAGGAAAUGCAGAAAAUGCGUGAGCUGGUCUUGGCUAGUAGAGAGGAAAUGCAUCAACAGAAUGAGGCUGAGGUCAGGAAGAGAUGGAAUUAUGAAGAUGCGAUUAAGAGGCCAUAUUUCCAUGUGAAACCUUUGGACCGGCCCCAGCUGAAAGCAUGGCACACAUACCUGGACUGGGAAAUGGCUGAAGCUGAGGCAGCACAUGCUGUCAUUGAGGGGAUGAGUGUGGAAGGUCAGGAGGGUUCAGAGGUCAAAGUGGGAAUUGCUGACCAUCGGAGGGUGAAGAUACUGUUUGAGCGCUGCCUCAUUGCCUGUGCACUCUAUGAGGAGUUCUGGGAUAAGUAUGUGCAAUAUCUACAGCCACGUAGUCUGGAGGAGGCGCGCAGUGUUUACCGUCGAGCUUGUGAAAUCCAUCUGCCAUACAAACACAGUUUUCACUUGCAGUGGGCAAUGUUUGAGGAGCAACAUGGUAAUAUCUCUGAGGCACAUCGUAUCCUAGAAGCUCUAGAAAAAGCAAUGCCCGGUCUGGCCGUGGUGCGGCUCCGGAGGGUGGGGCUAGAGAGGAGGACGGGUCAUCUGGACAAGGCAGAGUCACUGCUGAAGGAGUCACUUGAGGAGAAUAAAGACAAGCCACACCUUCAUGCCUUUUACUCUAUUAAACUGGCCCGCUUUCUUCACAAAAUAAGCAAGAAUGCGUCGCGGGCUCGUGCCGUGCUGCAAGAGGCCAUCGAGAUUAGCCCAGACAAUAGCAAGCUGUACAUGAAUCUGCUGGACCUGGAGCUAUCUGGGGACCUGCGGGUCAACGGAGGAGGAGUCCAGCAGUGUGUGAGCAAAGCUUUAGCUGCACCUCUCUCGUCAGAUAGCAAGAUUCUUUUCUCCCAAAGAGGUCUGCAGUUUGCUGAGGAUUUUGGGACCACAGUGCAAAGUGUGCUGAGUAUCUACGAGGAACACCAGAAACUGCUAAAUGAUCUUGGUGCAAAGAAACGUGGAGCAGAGAACAGUAGUGAUGGCGACGAUCCGGAGAAAAUAAGUAAAAUGGAUGAUGGCUCUGCUCUAGCAGCAGCUCAGGAAACUGUCCCACCUAAUAUGCCCCCUGUUCCUCCUCCUCCAGUGGUGGGUGGAGAUACAAGUGGGUAUGGAAACUAUGGGAACUGGUAUCAGCAACAGCAGUAUGGAGGAUAUGGUGCCUACUCCAACCCCUGGAACCAGUACAGUCAGUACUACCCUUCCAGUUAGGGGUCCAGUGGGUCUUCAUGGAACAUGUUUACCAUGGGUUUGAGGUCAUAAUAUGUAUGAGCCGAGUCAUUUUUUUUGCCCACAGUCCACUCAUCUCAGUGCUUUGAUGGACAGCUAAUUUCCAACGUUUUAUUCAUGUCCUGUGCUUCUUUUGAACUCUCAAAGAUUCAGGUUGGAUUAUAUUUGCCUUUUAAACGGUGUCACUCUGGAGCACAUCUGUCGUUUUUUCUUUUUUCUUCUUUAAACUCGAAUAUUUUAACGUCAGAACUGUACGUGUCCGCAUCGAGCCGUUCAAGCAGUAAGCCAGCUUGUGUUAAUUGUGUUUGUGUAAUCACAAACAGUGAGCACAAUAGUUUUUGCUCACUACUGACUGCCCUUAUUCCAGUGGUUCACAUCUCUUUUGUGCUACAACUCUGCUGCCUCUGAACUUGCCCCAAAUUAUAAUUACAAGCAACAUCUGUUUCUCAACUGCAUUAAAAACAUCUACUGUGGUCACAGAUGCCACACCUAGCAUUUUUAUAAGUAUCAUACAUGAUAUUUACCAGAAUUAAACCAAACGGCUAUGCAUUUUUGCCCCAUCUUUCAUAAAUACAUAAAAUACUGUCCAUGUAAGAAAUGAUAUAGAAGAAAAAAAUCUUUUGACCUUGAAUUUGUGCAAAGAGACACAUAGAAUUUUUUUUUUGCGACUCUUUGCACAAAACAUUUUUAAAAUAUUUUAUACAAGUGGCUUGUGUUAAAUGGUAUAAAUACCAUAAUUAAAUAAAACUGUCUAGAAAUAUUACAGUAUUUACUUAAUUACAGGUGCUGUUUGUUUUUAUAAUAAGGCAAGAUCGAUUAUGCGGUUUUAU